CGCACCGCCAAGACAGCUCUCAUUUCCUCCCAGCCUCUUGCGGGAAAUGGAUUUAAUUCUGACGGCAGGGCUGUAAGGGACGAGCGGGAACGAAAGCCUUUUGUCAAGGAGUAGCAGCCUCUGUUGUCUGUAAUUACCACCAACGCGGAGAAGCUGCAUUGCUGGUGGAAUUCCAGGCAGCUCCGACAAGUGCGGGGCUGUUAGGAUGGGUAGAAAACAUUGCUCUGUAGAUUAGCUGGGUGCAUUUAUUAAGCAGAUCCAAAAAAGAAAACAACAACAACAACAACACAAAACAAAAAACCCGAACAAUCCACACUGGAAGACCAGAGAUGGAUAAGGUGCCGUGCAGGAGUUUCCACCUGGAUGUGUGAAAUCCUGUUCAUGUGGUUGGCGUCCCUGAGAGCAGAGCGGGGUGCACAGGCCGAGCACUGAGAAGACGCAGCCUGAGACAAGGCUGAUCCAGCCUCCCGGGUUCCAGGAGUGGAUAGUAAACCUACCAGGAAAAUGAGUGAAGAGACUGUCCCCGAGGCUGCCUCCCCGCCGCCCCCGCAGGGGCAGCAGUACUUCGACCGCUUUUCUGAAGACGACCCUGAGUACAUGCGCCUUCGCAACCGUGCAGCGGACCUGCGGCAGGACUUCAACCUGAUGGAGCAGAAGAAGCGCGUGACCAUGAUCCUGCAGAGCCCUUCUUUCAGGGAGGAGCUGGAAGGCCUCAUCCAGGAGCAGAUGAAGAAAGGGAACAACUCCUCCAACAUCUGGGCCCUGCGGCAGAUCGCGGACUUCAUGGCCAGCACCUCCCACGCAGUCUUCCCAACAUCUUCCAUGAACUUCUCCAUGAUGACGCCCAUCAAUGACCUCCACACAGCUGACUCCCUGAACCUGGCCAAGGGGGAGCGGCUCAUGCGGUGCAAGAUCAGCAGCGUCUACCGCCUCCUGGACCUCUAUGGCUGGGCCCAGCUGAGCGACACCUACGUCACGCUGAGAGUCAGCAAGGAGCAGGACCACUUCCUGAUUAGCCCUAAGGGAGUUUCUUGCUGCGAAGUCACAGCAUCCAGCCUGAUCAAGGUGAACAUCCUGGGAGAGGUGGUGGAGAAAGGCAGCAGCUGCUUCCCUGUGGACACCACAGGCUUCUGUCUGCACUCGGCCAUCUACGCAGCCAGACCCGACGUGCGCUGCAUCAUCCACCUGCACACGCCGGCCACGGCAGCGGUGUCAGCCAUGAAGUGGGGCCUCCUGCCUGUCUCCCACAAUGCCCUGCUGCUGGGGGACAUGGCCUAUUAUGACUUCAACGGUGAAAUGGAGCAGGAAGCGGAUCGGAUCAGCCUGCAGAAGUGCCUUGGACCCACCUGCAAGAUCCUGGUGCUAAGAAACCAUGGAGUGGUUGCUCUAGGUGACACCGUAGAGGAGGCGUUUUAUAAGGUCUUCCACCUGCAGGCUGCUUGUGAGAUACAGGUGUCCGCUCUGUCCAGCGCCGGGGGAGUGGAGAAUCUCAUCCUCUUGGAGCAGGAGAAGCACCGACCCCAUGAGGUGGGCUCCGUGCAGUGGGCAGGGAGCACUUUCGGGCCCAUGCAGAAGAGCAGGCUCGGGGAGCAUGAGUUUGAGGCCCUCAUGAGGAUGCUGGACAACCUGGGUUACAGAACAGGCUACACGUACCGCUACCCCUUUGUUCAAGAGAAAACCAAACACAAAAGUGAGGUGGAGAUUCCAGCCACGGUCACCGCCUUCGUGUUUGAGGAGGACGGUACCCCAGUUCCCACCCUGCGGCAGCACGCCCAGAAGCAGCAAAAGGAGAAAACCCGCUGGCUCAACACGCCCAACACCUACCUGCGAGUCAACGUGGCUGACGAGGUCCAGAGGAGCAUGGGCAGCCCCCGGCCCAAGACCACAUGGAUGAAGGCUGACGAGGUGGAGAAAUCCAGCAGUGGCAUGCCAAUCAGGAUCGAAAACCCAAACCAAUUUGUGCCUCUCUAUACUGACCCCCAAGAAGUGGUGGACAUGCGGAACAAGAUUCGAGAACAAAACCGACAAGAUGUGAAGUCAGCGGGGCCUCAGUCCCAGCUCCUGGCAAGCGUUAUUGCUGAGAAGAGCCGAAGUCCGUCUACAGAGAGCCAGCUGAUGUCCAAGGGCGAUGCAGAUACCAAAGAUGAGACAGAGGAGACAGUGCCCAACCCCUUCAGCCAACUCACUGACCAGGAGUUGGAGGAGUACAAGAAAGAGGUGGAGAGGAAGAAACUAGAACUGGACGGAGAGAAAGAAACCGCUGCAGAGGAGCCUGGCUCACCUGUAAAGUCUGCACCUGCUUCUCCAGCACAGAGUCCAGUGAAGUCCGAGACGAAGAGCCCCGCGGUCUCUCCCUCCAAGUCUUUAGACGAAGGUGCUAAGAAGACAGAAACAAGCAAAGCCACCACAGAGCCUGACACGACUCAGCCAGGAGUGGUGGUGGUCAACGGGAGAGAGGAUGAGCAGACCGCAGAGGAAGUUCUCAGCAAAGGCUUGAGCCAGAUGACCACCAGUGCCGACACAGAUGUCGAUACCUCUAAGGACAAAACCGAAUCGGUCACCAGUGGCCCCAUGUCCCCAGAGGGCUCACCUUCCAAGUCUCCCUCAAAGAAGAAAAAGAAAUUCCGAACCCCAUCCUUCCUGAAAAAGAGCAAAAAGAAGGAGAAAGUGGAGUCCUGAUUCGUAGCACCCUCGGGCUCCCAUCUGCAUCCUCUCUCUCCUCCCCUUCCCUUGCCCCGUCUCUGUCCCUGGAAGCACAGGGCCAAGGAGGGAUAGAACAGGACCCUGGAUCACACUCUGAGGGGGAAGUUAGAGAUCACCUGACCAACUCCUCAUUUUACAGUUGCCCCAAAGAAAACAGGUGACUUUCCCAAGGUCACACAGCUCGUUAGUGGCAGAGCCUGCACUAGGAUUCAGGUCUCCUGGCUCCCAGUCCAGUGCUCUUUCCACUACAUAACACUGCCUAGCUGUGGGCCGCCUUUGUGAGGAUGCUGCCCACUGAUCUGAGCCCAGAGCAAGGAGGCCAGAGUGGGCCGCAGGCUCUCACAGGCUCAGUCUAAGUCAGACAGGUCGAGGCUUCCCCUGAGCAAGGUCCUUUUCCUCGAGGGAACCCAGUCUCCUGCUGAUGGAGCUAUCACUCCGUUUAGAAAUCUCUCUUUUUUGCAUAGGGUCCCUGCCCUGCUGCUCACAGUAAUCAGAGAAACUGACCUGUCCCCUCCAGCAGAAGUUAAUCUUUGUUCCCAAGGGCUGAUGGCUUAGCUUGUGCUUUCCCGACCACUAACCCCAAGCUUUCUUCCUGGAACCUCCUGACUCACGGAUGGAAGAUGGUGCGAGUUGGCAGACAGAAGGGCAAGCCAAGUCAGCCAUCGGACUGGGGAUAGUUUAAUCAAUAGAAGAAGCCAGGAACUUGACCCAUUGAAAUUGUGCAUCUCAGACGCUUCAAAACUAAAACCAAAUUUAGCUUAGAAAAAUGUCUCGUGCUCAGGGCAGAAAUUUGGGGAAAUUUAGAUCCUCUAUUAGCGUUGGGUUGUACGAGGAGGAUCAGAACAGCACAGAUGUGCUCUGCCUUUCUAGCUUUGCAUGGUACCCGGAGCAGUGUGGCUCUCCCUGUCUCACUCCUGUGUGGCGGUCAGGUGUCCCCUGACCUCCCUCAAACCUGGAAGCACUGGCUCACAGACUGGAACUGGCAUCUUACCCUUGGCACUUUGACCUUGGCUCCUUUGGGUUCCAACUCAGUCAGUGUGGGUCCAGCAGAGGAGAACGAGAUGAGCCCUUCAGGAUUAAUCCCUAGGACCCGCUAUCAGAGAAAUGCUUGGGUGUCCCUGGCCCUGUCGCUCUCUGUCUAUCCUGGGUCCUGAUAAUAGCCACAGCUAUUGUAUUAAAUGCCAACACUAUCUUUUCAGAUUCUUCCAUGGGGCAUUGAUUAGUGAGCAUGGUUGGCUCCUAAAAAAUAGACAAUCCAUCCUCUUUAAAGCACAGUGUCUUCAAAGAAUAUUUUCCCUUCUUAUCCU